CAAAAAAGAAAUAGGCUUGAGCAUUGCAGGAUAAAUGCUCUAGUUUAUGUAAGAUAUAAUACAAGAUUAAGAGAGCGGAGCAUCAAAAGAAAAAUGCAGAAGAUUGAUCCUAUUUUAGUUGAUGAAGUUGAUUCGGAUGAUGAAUGGAUUACUGAAAAAGAAGAUCAUGUACUUCCUGAAGAACCUUCGUGGCUUGACGAAGAGAACUUAUUUGAUGUUGAUUUUAUUAAAAUGAUGCCAUGUACUCCAUAUGAGGAUGAGCUUAUUCACGAUCUUACAAUUGAUGUUGGUGGUAUACAAAAUACAACUGAAUCAGGUCCUUUUAACAAAAAGCAGAAAGCAAUUGAGACUUCAGAUAUACAGAGAGGCUAUUCUUCUACACAAGUUCAGAGAGAGGAAGGACUACAAGACGUGGUGAUUCUUGACGAAGCAAGAUGGACUAAUACAAAUACUUUGAAUUUGAAUGACGAUGGGGAUGAGAUGCUUGCAUCGCACUUUGAUAGCGAUUGACCGUAACAAACCUUGUCCCUCUUUUUUUCUUUCUUUUGAUACUUUUGUAUCUGAGUAAUUGUAUGGAAAGAAUAAAGAAGCUUUCAUCUUGUUUUGGA